AUGUCGAUACCAACAAUUGACCUUUCCCUUGCCGAUUCACCUUCUACGAGACCCCAACUCGUCGCAACUCUUCGCAAAGCCCUCCUCGAAGUCGGAUUUCUAUACAUCACAAAUCAUGGCAUUCAGCCGUCGCUCAUCGAGGAUCUGGUCGCCGCACUCCCUACACUAUUCUCCCUCCCAAUAGAAGCCAAACUUACAGCUGCACUUCUCAAUUCACCGCACUUCCUCGGCUACAGCAGGUUCGGCAGCGAAACGACGGCGAGCAAAGCCGACGAGCGGGAGCAAUUCGAAUUCGCCAAUGAACUUCCCGACCUCUUCGCGCAGGGCGCACAGCCGCUGUACACAUGCCUGCAAGGCCCCAACCAGUAUCCUAGUCACCCAUCGGUAGCACAACUCGCCUCACUGGUGCAACGCUACAUCGUUGCGCUUCAAACCCUGGCCGCUCGUUUUCUGGACCUCGCUGCCCUGGCUUUGGAUCUCGCUCCGUCAACGCUGCAACCUUUCACUGGCCCGCAAGACCGCCUGAAGCUUGUGCACUACCGACCCUCGCCCACUGUCACGGACGAGCUUUCCCAAGGCGUCGGCCCGCACAAGGACUCCUCCGGUUGGCUGACGUUUCUGUUGCAGGCAUCGCCCGGCACCCGCGGGCUGCAGGUGCUUGACAAGUCGGGCGCGUGGCUGGACGUGCCGCCGCUGGAAGGCAGCCUGGUGGUGAACAUGGGCCAGGCUUUCGAAGUGGCCACAAAUGGCGUCUGCAAGGCAACGACUCAUCGGGUGCUUCUGCCGCCGGGUGACUACAACCGGUACAGCGUGCCGUUCUUCCAGGGCGUGCGCCCGGAAUUGACCAAGGAGGCGUUCAAGGCGCUAUGGACCCAUUUCGACCCCGAGAAAUGGGAGACCGCCGAGAGUGUCGAGGGCAGUCGGAUCGAUAGUCCAUUCCUGAGAGGCGGCUAUGUGACAUGGGGGGAUGCACAGUUGCGGACCAAGAUCAGGAGUCACCGGGAUGUCGGAAAAAGGUGGUAUGGUGAGAUAUUUGACAAGUAUGUUAACGACGCAUAA